AUGGCGGCGCUCGGCGGUAUGCUUGCUGCUGCCAUGCUCAAGGUGGUGGGUGACCAGGUUGGUUCUCUGAUUGGAGGUCAGAUCGCGCUACAGAUGAAUUUGGACAAGGACCUCAAGAAGAUGAAGAUGGCGCUGGAGUCUGUCACGGCAGUGCUCAAGGUCGCGGAGAGGCAGUCCAUCACCGACGAACUGACGGGUCUUUGGCUGAAGCGGCUCAAGGACUUCUUGUAUGAGGUCUCUGACAUGAUUGAUGAGUUCGAAGCAGAUAUACAAGCCAUCACCCAGCCAUCUGCGCGCAAGUUCUUCUCCUUCAAAAAAUAUUUGGCGUUCAUGAUCCCUUGUCUCACAAUUGGCCCCAACAUUACAAUGGCCAAUACGAUGAAGAACAUGAGGGACAACCUCAAGGUCAUAACAGAUCAACACAAGGAAUUCAAGUUAACAGACUGCACUAAUGCCAAUGAGCCAAAGGUGACUGAUAUACGGGAAACAUCAUCAACCCUGGAGACACAAAUCGUUGGGAGGACUGAGGAGAGAGAUAUAAUAUUGGUUUCUUUAUCUGAGAGCAUGACAGAAGAUAUCACAAUCCUUCCUAUAUAUGGCAUUGGAGGCCUUGGCAAGACAACCUUGGCAAAAAUGGUUUACAAUAGUUCCCAGUUCAAUGAAUACUCUCAAGUGUGGGUUUACGUGUCUCAGACAUUUGAUUUGAUCAAAAUUGGCAACUCUAUAAUAUCACAACUAUCAGAGAAAGAUAAAGAGAGUGGGUACACUGGAAAGCAGAUGAUCCGUAAUUCCCUUGAAAAGCUCCUUGCCAACAAGAAGAUUCUGAUUGUUUUAGAUGACCUGUGGGAAGACGACAUAUCUCAGUUGGAAAAACUGAAAGAUAUGUUAAAAGUUGGGGAGAGCAGUAAGGUGGUUGUUAUAGCAACCACACGGACUGAAGGUAUUGCAAAGAAGAUAUCUACCAUACGACCAUAUAAAUUAGCACCCUUAACUGAUGAUAUGUGUUGGUCUAUUAUAAAGCAAAAGAGUGCAUUUGAAUCUAGAGGUGACAAAGAGCAAUUGGUGGAAAUAGGGAAGGUCAUUGCAAUGAAGUGUGCGGGUGUGGCUUUAGCAGCUAAAUCACUUGGACACACGCUGCAAUCUAUGAAAUCUGGUCUGCAUCUUCUCUGGAAGAUACAUCUUCUACACAAGUGCUUGCAUCUCUGA